UCGUGUGCACCAAUAAACGGCUCCGGGUAGAAAACGCAUGAAGAGACCGACUAUAGGUCCGCUUUCGGAAUGCGUUUUAAGGCGAAUAACAAGUUAUUCAACCCUGACGUUCUUUAGUUCGAGCCAUUUUGAUGAUCUUUUUUUUUAAUGAAGCUGAUAUUUGAUGACAAAAAUGCUUUUUUUUGGACCAAUGUCGCAAUGUGUAAAAUAAUCUACUUUCACUUUUGCCACAAGGAAGUUGGCGCAAAUUAAACAGCCAAACUGGAUGUGGUGAGUAGGCAACGUCGCGAAGAGCUUCUAAAACAGACGUAAUCACUUUUUUCCUGCUCGUAAUAAGCAACAUAUAUUAUAGUAGCUAUUUAUUUUUAUUGUAGUGAUCAUGGAUAUAGAAGAAGAGGAUAGCAGUGACUCCAGAGAGGAUGGAGACAAGGAGAGUUUGUUGAAUCAUUCGGACACUCUCACUAACAGGCAGCGUGGGAAUGAAAUUACAGCACGCCCAGUGUCAUUAGAUGGUCUGGCAAUACAUCAGCUUGCUGCUCAAGGCGAGCUGUCCCAAUUGGAGGCACGGUUAAAUAAAGACAGCUCACUGCUGAACAAACAGGACGAAUGUGGCUUGACUCCUCUUAUGUGGGCAGCGACGUUUGGGGAGAGAGCAGUGGUGGACUUUCUUCUGCAAAAGGGAGCAGACCCCAGAAUGAUCGCGAGGAACAGAGAAAGUGCGCUUACGCUGGCCAGCUCUGGAGGCUAUGUGGACAUCAUUGAGUCUUUACUCAGACGUGGAGUUGAUGUCAACACCUACGACUGGAACGGUGGGACUCCUCUUCUGUAUGCCGUUCGAGGAAACUAUAUUAAAUGUGUCGAGGCACUUUUAGGUACAUCAAAGUACAUGUUGCACUUCUGCCAAUUCUCUGACUUUCCUAUUAAAAUGUUCAUUCUGUUUGUUUUUACAGCCAACGGAGCUGACAUGACCACCGAGUCGGAGUCUGGCUACAGUGCGAUGGCGUUGGCAGUUGCUCUUGGGCACAAAAGGAGUAAAUAUCAUCAUCAUCUGAACCCUUUUUAUUGCUGCGUUGCUCUUAAGCUUAUUUUUUGUGUGUAUCCCAGUUCAGAAAGUGUUAGAGGCCCACAUCCUGAGACUCUACAAGCCAGCACGGCGCUAAAAUAAACCACUAUUGUAGGUAUAAACCAAGAUGGCAACAAAUGUACAAAAUGUUUGUUUUACAAGACAGCGUAAGAAAAAUGAUCUAUACUUGGCAAUUGUACAGCAAUAGUGCUGUUCACCAGCAAUGAAAUGAUCAAAUAAAUGUAUUUUUAUAUGGA